AGCUCUUCCAUAUUUAAAAUUCAUUCCUUAUUUUUAGCCCCCAUCAAACCUUUCCUUUCAGUCUAAAACUCUUUAACCUUUUGUUUUACAUGUCUUUAUAUAUAAUCUUGAAACUAGAAGAAUAAAUAAAAAUAUGGAUAUGAUCAAGUUUGGGCCAGUGGGAGGACCAUCAAAGGAGGGAAGUACUGUUUGGGAUGAAAAGGGAAAAGGUGAAAUAGCAAAGAUUUUUGUUUCCACCGGUAUUGGCUCAAAUUUUAUUUUGUCACUUCAAUUCCUCUUUGUUGAGAAUGGCCAAUUUGUUUUGCCUCAAAGACAUGGUGCUGAUUACAACUAUGACUUGGCUACAACCUUCACUACAGUUAUAUUGGAUUAUCCAUUAGAAUUUCUUACUGGGAUAAAAGGUACCAGCCAUUCAAACGGUUUGAGAUCAAUAGCAAUUGUCACCAACAAAGGUACCCAUGGACCAUAUGGCUCCGAAAGGCCCAAAAGAAGGAAGAAGAGCAAUUAA